AUGAACAGCCUCAUCAUCGCCCUGUCGGCCGUGCUUGCGUGCGCCUCGGCCCAAGUCUUCCUGAACCAGCCGAUCCCGCUCGCGCUGCACCAGCCGGCUCCGGUGGCCCGGGAGGCGUCGCUCGCUCAUCCGGCCGUGGUUGAAAAUGCGCUGCACGAGGCCCAGUAUCCGGAUCAGUUCCGCAACAACUUCUACAAGAACCCGCACAUUGCCGAUGCGCUCGCCAAGUCGUCGUGGUUCGGUGACAAGGAGAUGCCCGUGUUCGAGCGGGAAGCGGACAAGAUUCCGCGCGAUCGUAUCGUGAAGAUCUUCAAGAACGCCGGAUUCGCCCGGAGACGCUAA